AUGGCCCGGGGUUCUGGAAACCUGCAGCUUAAACUUGGGUCUGACAGAACACAGCCAGUGUCACCACUGGUUGGUGGUGAAGCCACUUGCCCUCGUGGCCCAGUGAAAGAAUCGGAUCCCUGUGUCCAUAACCACAAAGACAUUUCAAGGUGGAAGUCACGGUUGGUCAGCUGCAGCCACCAGCGAGCUCACCCAGAGCACAAGUCCUGCCACUGUGGCAACUGUGGGAAGUUGCUGCCCACUGGCCCAGAUGCUGCUCCCUACACAAAGACCUGCGCUGCAGAGAAGCCACAGAGGUGUGACCAGUGCAGAAAAGACUUCAGUGCGAAGCCAGAGCUCCUGCCCCACCAGAGACACCACACGGAAGAGAAGCCCUACGCAUGCACGCAGUGUGGCAGAGGCUUCACCCGAAGCUCCAGCCUGCUGGUCCACCAGGCCAUCCACGCUGACGAAAAGCCCUACAAGUGUGACAAGUGCGGCAAGGGCUUCACCCGGAGCUCCAGCCUGCUCAUCCACCAUGCCGUCCACACGGGCGAGAAGCCAUACAAGUGUGACAGGUGCGGUAAGGGCUUCAGCCAGAGCUCCAAGCUGCACAUCCACCAGCGCGUGCACACAGGGGAGAAGCCCUACACCUGCGGCGAGUGCGGCAUGAGCUUCAGCCAGCGCUCCAACCUGCACAUCCACCAGCGCGUGCACACCGGGGAGCGACCCUACAAAUGCGGGGAGUGCGGCAAGGGCUUCAGCCAGAGCUCCAACCUGCACAUCCACCGAUGCAUCCACACCGGUGAGAAGCCCUACCAGUGCUACGAGUGUGGCAAGGGCUUCAGCCAGAGCUCCGACCUCCGCAUCCACCUCCGUGUGCACACUGGGGAAAAGCCCUACCACUGCGGAGAGUGCGGCAGGGGCUUCAGCCAGAGCUCCAAGCUCCUCAUUCACCAGCGUGUGCACACCGGGGAGAAGCCCUACGAAUGCAGCAAGUGCGGCAGGGGCUUCAGCCAGAGCUCCAACCUGCACAUCCACCAGCGUGUACACAGGAAGGACCCGGGCCCGUGA